GCGUCGUGGUCUUCGGAGAUUCGGAGACGCUGUCGCCACAGCCACUGCCACCACGACGGCCAUCGCCGUAGUCUAUCCCUAUCGGAUUCUCACACCGGUAGUGUAUAUACCUCUUUCCAUAUAGCUCCCUCUUAUAAUGGUGAUGGAGGUUAAUGAGAAGCAUGAUGGGGAUCUUGUGAGGCUGAAAUGUUCGGUUAAAGAAUACGAUUGGGGACGAAUUGGACUCGAUUCACUGGUUGCGAGGCUAUUUUUAAGGAACUGUAAUGAUAAGAUUGAGGAAAGCAAACAUUACGCUGAGUUUUGGAUGGGAACUCAUGCGUCCGGGCCGUCGUUUAUAGCUGAGGAGAAGGGGGUCGGGAACGUGAGUUUAAAGUCCUGGAUUUCGAAGAAUCCUGAGGUUUUAGGCGAUACUGUUGUUGAUAAGUGGGGAAUUGAUCUUCCUUUCAUGUUUAAGGUUCUGUCAGUUGCACAAGCAUUGUCAAUACAGGCUCAUCCGGAUAAGGAGUUGGCAGGGUUGCUUCAUACGUUGAAGUCAAAUGUGUAUAAAGAUGCAAAUCACAAGCCUGAAAUGGUUUUGGCGCUAACAGAGUUUGAGGCCUUAUGUGGAUUUAUUAGCUUCGAGGAGCUUGAGACUGUACUUGAAAGUGUUCCGGAGAUAAUGGAAGUGGUUGGUGGUGCAUAUGCAGAUGAAGUUUUACCUGUCAAUGAGGAGGCAAAAGAAGCACAAUUUCUUCGGUCAAUAUUCAUCAAACUCAUGUCCGCGGGAAGUAAGGUGGUUUCUGUAGCGGUAUCCAAAUUGAUCAAUCGGCUAGAUAAGGAAAAUAAGCAAGCUGGGGUUAUCUUGGAAACAGCCUCUCUGUCUCUUGAGACGAAGACAAGGCAGUUAACGAGCAAGGAAGAACUAGCACUGAAGCUUGAAAAACAGUACCCAGAUGAUAUCGGGGUCAUAGCAUCCUUCCUCUUUAAUCACGUGAGGUUGAAUCCAGGUGAAGCUUUGUACGUAGCAUCAAACGAAAUUCAUGCAUACGUGGGUGGUGAGUGUGUCGAGUGCAUGGCAACUUCAGAUAACGUUGUGCGUGCUGGCCUUACUCCAAAGAACCGGGAUGUGAAAAUCCUUUGCUCAAUGCUUACAUACAAGCAGGGCCCACCGGAAAUCUUGAAAGGCGUCCCCGUGAAUGCGUAUACCAAGAGAUACAACCCUCCUUUCGAGGAAUUCGAGGUUGACCGUUGCAUGCUCGACCAAGGGGCGUCCGUUGUUUUCCCUGCAGUACCUGGUCCCUCGAUUUUCUUGGUCCUUUCAGGACAAGGAUCAAUGUACACAUCAGUCUCAUCGCCAUCACCAUCAUCACCAUCGUCGUCCUUAUUCUCAUCACCAUCAUCAUCAACAACAUCAUCAUCAUUAUCAUCACCAUCAUCUUCGUUGUCAUCACCAUUUUCAUCAUUGUCAUUGUCAUCACCAUCAUUAUCACCAUACGAGGAUACAGUUCAUGGAGGGGAUGUGUUAUUCGUUCCUGCAAACACAGAGGUUCAUGUGAGUACAGAAUCGGAGUUGCAUCUGUAUAGAGCCGGAGUUAACCAUAUGUUGUUUUCAAAAACAUCGAUGUGAAAGGUGUCGAUAAGUACCAAAAACGCCUGUUUGUAUAUGUCGUUAUAGCAAUAACAACGUAAAGUAAUAUAGUUGUCGAAAAUGAAACGAUCGAUGUGUAUCUCGUUAGCGAAUCAUAAUUUUCUUUAAUUCCUUGAAGUAUUGCUUGUUAUCCUUUGUAUUCUUUUAUAUCACAUGAUUUUUUAUAAAUUCACCAUGACUUGUUACUGUA